AUGUCAACGGGUGCUCCUGUGUCCAGUGUGGAUACAAUUGCUCCCGCAUUGUCGACACAGGGACAGUAUAAGCCCACUCCUAGUCGUGGUCACUCACGCUCCAAACGCUGGUCGCAGGGGCCGAUCUCCUUUUCUGCGUCUGAUGCAGCUUCCACUCAACAACUGUCGCAACCAUUGACUGGUUCGACCCACGUCAACGGCAACGCAUCGAGCUCGUGGCAUGGACACCAACAUUCACACUCCCACUCUUCAAGUCAUGGCGAACCGUGGGGCAAGUCCGACUACGCCAAUGGUUCUCACUCAUACACAUCGAAACAUAACCAUUCUGGUAGCCUAACGGGGCUGGUACCAGAUACACCUAUCAUAUCGUCAAGCCCCGAGUCAUUGAGGACUCAUGAAAUUUACGCCGGAGCCCUAAUAGCUUCGCCAUGGAUUGCCAUCUCGUGGUAUUAUAAACACCAUGCACAAUGGACGGAUUCGCAACCCGCAGCUGAUGAUGAAAACAUCGCAUCUUCAGGCACAAAGCAUUUAGAUCACAUUUCAUCGAGGACAUGUAUCUUGACCGCCAUAACAAUGAUCAUAUUGGGAGGAGGGCAGCUACUUCGAGUAGCCCAACGGGGUAGAAGUGAUUCACGAGUCGCGUUGCCCAAACUCCAUUCGAAAAUCGUUACUGCUUCCUUUGUGCAAAUGAGCUCAAUUGCACUACCUAUCUAUGCGGCUCUCAAGGUGGGUGGUUUCCUGGUCGCAUUUGUACUUGCUCUGGCAAUAGCGUCCGGGGUACCGACAAUUGUGCGAAGCUAUGAUUCUCAAGAUAGCAACGCACGGCUGAGUCAAAAGAAACUGACAAUUGGUGUCAUCGCAACUGUGGUCGUGUUGAGCUUCCUGGGAAUGAAUACGUCUUGGGACGCAGAGCCCUUUUUGGGAUAUGUAUCAUUGGUUGUGUCGGUUUUUGUCAUUCGCCCGCCUUUCCUGACCUUUACACCUGACCCUGCCUAUGACGCAGCAGUACCACAGGAGAAGCUUCCCAGAACGGAAUCAUCUGGUGUUUCUCCCAGCGACCCAAUGCUGACUGCUCUUCUUGGAUUGCUCUUAGCAGUUGGCACCGCUGUUGCCGGGGGCUUAUAUUUCCAUCUUUCGGAUAUGAUGUAUGUAGUGGCAGCUGCCGGUGGUUUUGCAGCAUGCAUAAUGUAUGUGGCACCAGCAAACUUACGCUCGCCGCACAAGAUUGGUCUUGCCAUUGCAACUGGUGGUGCCGCCCUGCUCUGCGCACCACCACCGCGCGACGGUGUUUAUAUGGUCUUCAUCUUUCGAGGAAUCCUUGCUGGGAUCGCGGUUCUCGCCUCUAGGUUUGAGGAUAGACAGUUGCGCCUGGUGAUGCAAGCCCACAACCAUCACCAUCACCACACUCACUCCAAUGAUGAUGCGUCAACAAUUACGAAGCUCAUCAUCCGCUGUAGUGAACCAUAUCCACUACUGUACAGCAUUCUUAAGGAGAGUGACUCUCGUCGCAUCUUCUAUUUCAUGACUCUCAAUUUUGCGUUCAUGCUCGUUCAGCUAUCCUACGGAUUUCUCACAGGGUCAUUGGGGCUCCUCAGUGAUAGUAUUCAUAUGUUCUUUGAUUGUCUCGCGCUUGUUGUUGGCCUCUGCGCCGCCGUUAUGAGUAAAUGGCCACCCAGCGCGAGAUUCCCUUAUGGAUAUGGCAAAGUAGACACACUGUCGGGGUUCGCUAACGGCAUUUUUCUCAUGAUUAUCAGUAUUGAAAUCAUCUACGAAGCGGUGGAAAGGCUAUCAUCGGGCAGCCAGAUGCACCGUAUCGGGGAGCUCUUGGUGGUUAGUGCUGCUGGUCUCGCCGUGAAUCUUGUGGGUAUCAUGGCGUUUGACCAUGCACACCACGGACAUGACCAUGGCCAUGAUCAUUCACACGACAAUGAGAACAUGCACGGGAUAUUUCUCCACAUUCUAGCUGACACCCUUGGUUCCGUCGCCGUUGUGAUAUCGACCAUUCUUGUACACUACUCUGGCUGGUCAGGGUACGACCCCAUCGCGUCCUGUAUGAUUGCCAUCUUGAUUUUUGCCUCUGCAGUGCCGCUAGUCAGCAGCACUGCCAAGAAACUGCUUCUAACCCUUCCGGCCGACGUCGAAUAUAAUGUCCGCGAAACUCUAGCUGGCGUGAGCACUCUACGGGGAGUUGUAGGGUACACCGUUCCCAAGUUCUGGCUCGACGAUACGGGAAAGUCGGACCAUGACCACGGCCAUGGCCAUAGCCACAGCCAUAGCCACAGCCAUACUCAUAGCCAUCACGAUCACGAUCACGACCACAGUCAUAACCACAGUCAUAACCACAGUCAUAACCACAGUCAUGACCACAAUCAUGGUCAUGGUCACAGCCACAGCCACAGUCCCAAUCACUCGCACUCCCACAGCCACUCGCACUCCCAUCCUCACUCCCACAGCCAUGAUCACGACCAUGACCACGCACACGCAAAGUCCAACCCCAAUGUACUGGGCGUAAUCCAUGUCAUCGCGUCCCGCGGCUCUGACCUAGAAGACGUGCGCCAACGAACCGUUGACUUCCUCCGAGAAAAGGGCAUGGAUAUCCUGGUCCAAGUAGAACGAGAAGGCGACGGGCGAUGCUGGUGCGGAGGCGGAGGAAACAAGAGCUCCUAG